UGACAAGUUAUAACUAAAUUGUAGUGCCAAAGUCCGUAACUAAUUCAAUAACAUAGAAGAAUAUGGAAGAUGGAAGCGUCAACCUUCCUCCUGGGUUUUUCUUCUCUCCUACUGAUGAAGAACUUGUUCUUCACUUUCUCUAUUGCAAGGCUUCUCUCAUUCCAUGCCAUCCUAACAUCAUCCCCGAUCUCCAUCCGUCUCAGCUUGCUCCUUGGGAAUUAAAUGGUAAGGCGUUGUUAAGUGGAAAUCAGUACUAUUUCUUUACCAAAGUGAAUGAAAACAGAGCCAGAGAAAAUGGGUAUUGGAAGGACACAGGUGUCACGGAACCUAUAUUGUCAACCUUUGAUAAGAAAGUGGGAAUGAAGAAGUACUUGGGGUUCCACAUAGGUGAAGCUCCACAAGGUACUGAAACCAGUUGGGUAAUGCAAGAAUAUUAUAUAUGUUCCUCUGGGUUUGACACUGCCUCAUAUCGAAGUGCUAGGAGAAGAAGAAAACAUGAUCAAAGUUGGAGCAAGUGGGUUUUGUGCAAAGUCUAUGAGAAGAUCAGGUCUCAACAAGGUGUAAACUGCUAUAGCGAUGAUGAUGACAGUGGAUCAGAGCUUUCUUGGCUAGACGAAGUUUAUCUGUCGUUGGAUGAUGAUCUGGAAGAAAUUGGCAUGCCUAUUUAGAUUGAAUAUUGAUGGCAAAAAUUAAUGCCAGCGUGAGUGGGACUAAUCUUGAAUAUCUUGAAGGUCUGAAUCUUGUAGAGCUAGAAGGAGAUACUUGCUCGAUCCUCUUAAGUAAUACUUUUAUGUUGAGUAUUAUGAUAAAAAAAAAUAAUUGAGAUAAAAAAUUUAUCUAAA